UUUCGACGUCUGGUUUCCGGCUGUGCUUUUGGAAAUUAAAAAUACGCACGAUUUCGAUUGUGUUCUGCUUAAGAAACUUAAAAAUGAACCGAAAGGAGGAUUAUGAUUCAUAUGAGAUUGAGGAGCCGAGUGACGAGGAAGGAGCAUUAAGCAGUUCUGAUGAUGAGCUGGAUAUUCUUCUCAAUGGUACUCCAGAUCAGAAGAGGAAACUCAUCAGAGAGUAUCUCACCGGGGAGAGCGAGUCGUCCAGUGGAGAUGAGUUUGAGAAAGAGAUGGAGGCAGAGCUGAGCAGCACCAUGAAGAAAAUGGAGAACAGCUGGAGCGCUUCCUCAACUCAAGGUCAAGGCUCUGGGGCCACUGGCGGCACGUCCACAGAAAACAUACGUCAGACUCAAGAGUAUGACAGCAUUUAUUUUGACUCUGAUGAUGAGCAGAACGAGACCGCUGGGAGCUCUCGGAGUCACAGGAGGAAUAAGCGUGGUGUACUUACCAAUGAUGAGCUUUUUUAUGACCCAGAGGAGGAUGAUCGUGAUCAGGCGUGGGUGGAUGCUAGGAGAAAGGAGUACAGAAAUCAGAGGAAGACACCUCAGUCGGCAAACAGGAAAAACAAGGCCCCGGCUCUACCAAGCAGUGAUGCUGUUCUCAACUGUCCAGCCUGUAUGACCACCCUGUGUCUGGACUGUCAGAGGCAUGAGAAAUAUCGGACCCAGUACAGAGCAAUGUUUGUGAUGAACUGUGCUGUCGACAAAGAGGAAGUGUUGAGGUACCAAACUGCUAAUAAGAGAAAGCAAAAUCGGCGCAGAAAGAGAGCUCAACAGGAGCCCGCUGCUACAGAGUCAGAGAUGGAUACGGAUGCUGGCCUGACUGAUGCUCGCUUGGCAGGAAUGGAUGAAGACGAAAUCUAUCACUCCGUCAAGUGUACAGAAUGCUCCACUGAAGUGGCUGUGUAUGAUAAAGAUGAGGUGUACCAUUUCUUCAACAUCCUAGCAAGCUACAGCUAAGGACAUUUACUGGACUAUUGUAAACCCAAGCCAUGUAUUUUGAAAGGUCUAAAGUAUACAACGUGGAUAAAGAAGUGACUGGAUCUUUUUUAUUUAGAUUUAUAUUCUGUUGCUGUACAAACUUUUAAUUGAUCCAUUUGAUCAUGAAUAUUACUUACCUUUGCCGUUGUUUUUCCACUUUUAUUAAAUAAUAUUUUUAUACCAGAUAA